ACAAAACGUCGCCGUUGGUUUCACCAAUUUGCAGUAGUUGCUUCCGUUCCAACCCAAUCCAGUUCAAUUCAACCCCAAAUUUAUCUCUCCCUUUCCCUCACCAAACAAACACCAUUUCUAUUUUCUCACACACACACACACACAGAAAAAAAGUCUUCUCUUCUCUUCUCUUUCCUUCUCUUUCCCCUAUCACCACUCACUCCCACUCAACCGGAAAACGAUGCCGUAUUACCCGGUCACCGUCUAACUAACUCAAGCCGCCGCUCAAGAACAAACUCAGUCACCGUCGCCGCCGUCGUUGUUGGUUAUUUCUUCCUCCGGUUCGGGUUUUCUUGAUGGAUCGGGCGGCGAUGACGGUUGGACCAGGCAUGGACAUGCCGAUCAUGCACGACAGCGACCGUUACGAUCUGGUUCGCGAUAUCGGGUCCGGGAACUUCGGCGUGGCGAGGCUGAUGCAGGAUAAGCAAACCAAGGAGCUCGUUGCCGUCAAGUAUAUCGAACGCGGUGAUAAGAUUGAUGAAAAUGUCAAGAGAGAAAUCAUUAAUCACAGAUCUCUGAGACACCCCAACAUUGUUAGGUUUAAGGAGGUCAUUUUAACACCUACUCAUCUGGCCAUUGUAAUGGAAUAUGCUUCUGGUGGAGAACUUUUCGAGCGAAUCUGCAAUGCUGGGCGUUUUACCGAAGACGAGGCUCGAUUCUUCUUUCAACAACUCAUAUCUGGUGUCAGCUAUUGCCAUGCAAUGCAAGUAUGUCACCGGGACCUGAAGUUGGAAAAUACUUUGCUGGAUGGGAGCCCGACUCCUCGUUUGAAGAUAUGUGAUUUUGGGUACUCAAAGUCUUCAGUGCUUCAUUCACAACCAAAAUCAACUGUGGGAACUCCUGCAUAUAUUGCUCCAGAAGUAUUAUUGAAACAAGAGUAUGAUGGCAAGAUUGCAGAUGUCUGGUCAUGUGGAGUAACCUUAUAUGUAAUGCUAGUGGGAGCAUAUCCUUUUGAAGAUCCUAAUGAACCAAAGGAUUUCCGGAAGACAAUUCAGAGAGUUCUGAGUGUCCAGUAUUCCAUUCCAGACUUUGUUCAAAUAUCUCCAGAGUGUCGCCACCUUAUAUCCAGGAUCUUUGUUUUUGACCCUGCAGAGAGAAUCACAAUGCCUGAAAUCUGGAAACAUGAAUGGUUUCGGAAGAAGCUCCCUGCUGACCUGAUGGAUGAGAGGAUAAUGAGUAACCAAUUUGAAGAGCCAGACCAACCCAUGCAGAGCAUUGAUACGAUCAUGCAGAUAAUUUCAGAAGCUACCAUACCAGCUGCUGGGGCCUGUUCUUUAGACAAGUUUAUGAUGGAUAACAUUGACAUGGAUGACGACUUUGACGAAUUGGAUUCUGAAUCGGAGCUUGAUAUAGAUAGCAGUGGGGAGAUAGUGUAUGCCAUAUACUAAUUUAAUUAUCGUCAGCGCAUGAAAGACAUCAUCUUAAUGUUGGGAGUGAUGCCAUUUUCAGCAUCAAGAAAAGAGAGAUGUGUGGUCCCUGCAUUUUCGGUAGAUUCGCAUGGAUAAUACAAAGAAGUUCUUCAUGUUAGUUUAUAUGUUCACUGCUUCUUGGAGAUUCCAGCGUCCUCACCAUUUAUCAGUAUCACCUUUGGUGUUGUUUCUGUUGUGGGGUUGAGAUGUUUCUUACAUUCUAGAAGGGUUGGUGGCUGUGGGAAGAAAUAGUUUUUAUCCUUCCCUCACUUGCUGGUGAAUACUUGCUUUAUAGUUUAUAUAUUAUAUUUACAUUAGCUUUUUGUUGUCUUGUGGCUAGAAUUGUGUUUCAUGUCCCUCUGCUUAUAUGCACAUACUCCAUGUAAAAAGUUUCCAGUGGACAUAAUUGUUACAUUUGCUAGUAUAUGUGUUUGUAAUUUGGUA